AUGAUAAAGAAAUUCAAGAAACUAUUUCAGAGUCAAUCGGAGUUCCAAAACUUUUUAACUAAAUCCAGUUUGUCCAGAGAUAAUUUUGUAUUUAAACAGGAAGAUGUGGAAAUUUUAAUUCCAUUUCUAACUGAUGAAUAAAAUAUCACAGAUUUCUUCAAGGUUUACUAAGAUGGAAAUUUGCAAAUAUAUACAGUGAAAAUGAAGAUGUUAAUCACAAUCCAUUAAGUGUUGAACAUUAGUGAGGAAUUUGCCCAACACUUCUCAAAGAUUAAUUUUGCAUAUUUCAAUAAGUAAUGUAGCUAGUAAAGUAGACCGAUAUCCAAGCCUUAAACCUUUGUUUUUAAGCAAAUACCAAAUGAGGUGUGGCUACUCGAUAAUAUACAGAUUCCGUUCCUGCAAUACCUAUAGAAGUUAGCAUUGAAUGUCCAAGAAAUAAAGGCCUAUAGAAAUAAUAAUCCCAGAAAGUAAAUGCUGCAAUCGAAGUAAGAGUCCGAAAUCAAUAGAAGUCUGGUGAUAGAGUGUUUCAAAUUGGAGAAUCUGGUCAAUCAAGGCUUGUCUCUUGUACCUCAACUAAAGACUGCAUUAUCUAAUUUCCCCCAUGACUUUCUUCUCAAAAAACUAGCGUGUAAUCUUUAUAGUGAAUUGAGACAAUUUCAAAGACAAUUGAUAAACUCUCUUUCUGCCCUGUUAGACACCAACUCCAGAGCCUCCAACAUAGAAAUAUUUGAGUUCUUUAGAGAAGUAGCAUUUGGUCUCUAAUGUAGGUGUAAAUGAUAGAGAAGAAAACCAUGUCUUAUUACCUGUUGCAUAAGUUGUUUGAUCCAGCCAGGAAGUUGAUGCCACCAUUGCAGUUGAAAAUCGAUCUGAAGAGUGCGAAACAUCUCGAACAAUAGGCACAGCAUGAACAGUAGAGGAUUACUCAAUAGAGGUAAUUGAGGAGUCAGAGAAAUUCUCGAUCAAAUAGCACUGAUCAACAAUAACCAGCAUCGCAAGGGUUUAUUAGUUAGAGAGAGAGACGGUUUAUGAUGUACAGCAGAGCCAAGAAACAGGAUACAAUACAGGAAGACAUUGAGAUGCCAACAGAAGAACAAUAACCAGCAUCUGAUUAGAAGAAGAAUGAUUAGAAGAUGAAGAUUGUACAAGAUGAUGGAAAUAAUAUACAAGAAAUUAAAAUUGAAAACAUAGAAGAACAAAAAAUUGAUAAUAUUGAAUUAAUUGAAUAUCCAAAGCAAUUUGUGGUCUCCAAAAAUAAUAGUUAGGUGGAACUCCAGGAGAAUGGCAAUGAGAUAAAUUAUUAAAUUAGUUAAAAAGAAACCAAUGAUUUGGGUAAAAAUUAAGAAAGUACUAGCUAAGCAGAUCAAGAAGAAAAUUAAGACAUUUGA